UCCAUGUUGUAUUUAUGCAUUGAAUCCAUGUGAACCGGUUGAUAAUUAUUUCGUAAAGAAAAAAAAAAUAACAGAGAUAAGUAAAUCGACAUUUCUUGAGGAGGCAUCUUAACUUUAUCAAUCGUGCGACGUGAAGCCUGUAACGUCGCGGCUCGAUAAAUCGGACAAUUUGUGAUUUUAAAAUUGCUCAAUCAGGUUAAGAAUGUCGGCUUUUCUAACGAAAAAAGUCCUCAGUUCAGUGGGAUCUUUGAGUAAAUACUCGCGGGCUGGUGUUUUAUCUGUUCGCCAUUUGAAUUUGUUAGAAUAUCAGAGCAAGGAGCUCUUGAAAGACAGUGGAGUGUCUGUACAGAAUUUUACCAUUGUCGACGAUUUGAAAAAUGCAGAGAGUGCUUUGGAUAAAUUCCGGGUGGAUGAAUAUGUGAUCAAGGCUCAAGUACUCGCUGGGGGGCGAGGAAAAGGAUGGUUUGAUAAUGGAUUCAAAGGAGGUGUUCAUCUGACUAAAGACCCAAAGAAAGUGAGAGAGAUUGUGAAGCACAUGCUGGGUCAUCGUUUGAUCACCAAGCAAACCAACAAAGAUGGCAUCCUCGUCCAAAAAGUCAUGAUAGCAGAGUCAGUGGACAUAAAACGCGAGAUGUAUGUUUGCAUCCUCAUGGACAGGGGCAGCAAUGGCCCUGUCCUGAUAGCCUCACCAGCUGGUGGAAUGGACAUAGAAACAGUUGCUGAGAAAAAUCCCGAGCUCAUAAAAACAGUUCCCCUGGAUAUUUACUAUGGGAUAGACGAGAGUAUCGCCAAGGAAGUUGCAGAUUUUUUGGGUUUCAAUGAGGAAGACGUCAACAGCAAAGCCAUCUACGAAUUGAAAAAUUUGUGGAAAUUAUUUGUGGACAUUGACGCUCUCCAGAUCGAGAUCAACCCGUUCGUUGAAACAGCGGACAAACAAGUCGUCGCUGUUGAUGCGAAAAUUUCAUUCGAUGACAAUGCACAAUUCCGGCAGAAGGAUAUUUUUGAUCUUGAAGAGACUAACGAGAAGGACCCGAGGGAAGUUGAAGCCUCAAAGUUUAAUCUUAACUAUAUCAGCAUGGAUGGGAAUAUUGGAUGUCUCGUAAAUGGUGCUGGACUGGCAAUGGCAACGAUGGACAUAAUAAAAAUGAACGGCGGAGACCCAGCCAAUUUCCUCGACGUUGGUGGUGGUGUAACCCAGGAUCAAGUAUUCCAGGCAUUCAGAAUCGUUGCAGAAGAUCCAAAAGCGAAGGCAAUAUUCGUCAACAUUUUCGGUGGAAUCGUCAACUGCGCGACAAUAGCUAAGGGAAUAGUUACGGCAGCAAAAACAUUAGGAAUCAAGAAGCCAGUGGUCGUCAGGCUGCAGGGAACAAAUAUGGAGGAGGCUCAAAAGAUUCUUCAGGAGUCAAACUUACCAUUCACGAUGGAGAACGACCUCGACAUAGCAGCGAAGAAAGUGGUAGCUGCAAUGAAAUAAUGCGAAUUUCAUUAAAAACCUAAUUGAACAAAGUAUACAAGAUCAUUACCAAAAAUAUUUGAACAGUACACACCAGGGAAGGAAGAGAUAUCUCAAUAUCUCCUACACAAUUUGUUAUUUGUUAUACUUUAGGUUUAGGACGACAAGAAAUACAUUUUCAUUAAGAAAAA